AUGGUACACCAAUUCCAACAGGGCAACAGCGAAGAUGCUUGGAAUGUGUUAGUGUGGUGUUCCAUGCCUAUCCCUUUCGACGAUUGUGAAACGUUACCUUGCGACUAUUCAGACACUCUCGAUGACGACGACCAUGCUGUCAAAGGAGGACCCAAAUUCAUCAACUUUUGGUUCUUCCUGUGGUGGUAUUACGGCAUCUACAAUGCGAUUGCCCUGUUUCUCAUCACCAAACUGUUCAGCAUUUAUGCUCUCAAUUGGUGGCCCAAGUGUCUUGGUGCGAAAUGCACAUUUGCUUUUUUCUGGUUAGAAAGCCAAGGAUUGGCAGUGAUCAUGCACUACUUUUUACCGUCAUUUGAAAAGUAUACCUUGUCGUGGGUGUUUCUUACGUUCUUCACCAUGUCCAUGCCUUUAUGGUUUGCCAUGGUCAUCAUUCAUAAAAGACAUCAACGUCGUCGUGCCACGCGAUUACUGGCUCCCAAAGGCGUCUUCACGCCUCUUCAUCCGCUUCCUCGAUGGCGUUUACCGGCCUCAUAUCGUCGUUUCAUGUGGUUCUGCACGUCACUGGCCAUUGCCCUUUUGGCUUUGAUUGGCGGCGAAAUCUACGCUUACAUCUUUCUUUCGACCUUGCCACACACAUCUCUGGAUGCGUUGGCGUACGUAUACAGCUGGGUAGGAGCGAUCUACAUCAUGGACGCGAUUACCGACUACAUCAUUUGCCGCAAAAUCCGAUCGCAUCCUCUGGCGAGCAUUUUCAAGCUCUGGGAAAAGAUUGGUCGCUCGUUCUAUUUACGCAAUCUCGCGGAAAAUACCACCAUGCUGGGAUUUCUGAUCUGGUUCAAUGUGCUUCAUUUCGGUCCCAAUCGAGCCGCCUAUCCUUACUUUUACAUGGACGAUCGUGACGGCAAUCCUUACAACCAUAACAAGACGUUCCUUGCCGCCAUCGUGAUAUGGACGAGCGAAUUAACGAGUGCGUGGAUUACACGACACACCUUUCGUCGUGCAUUUUCCUAUUCCAUCACCAAACAAGCUGUUCGUGAUUUUGCCCGAUACCCGGAAAUGAUCAUUGCAUUUGUGCUGCUCAUGAUUCACGUCCUUCAAAAUAUCCUCUUGGCCCUCAUCAAACUCGAUUUCGCCACCCAGAACCAUGUAUACCAUCACUACCUCUAG